ACCAAUAAAAGAGGAAUAAAUUAAUAAAAAUCAAUCAAUCGAUCGAAUCAAUCAACUAAUUGCGUCUUCCCCUCCUCCUUUGUUCUGUCCUUCGUUAAAUCGUACCAUAUUUAUUACACCAAAACAAUGAUCAAAACUACUCCCUCAAUCCUCCCUCCUUUCCCCUUUCGUCCCUAAAAUCUCAUACAAUAAAUUGUCCAAAGCUCACCACCAAUAAAUGGGUGGCGUCGACAACGGUGAAGAACCCGAAGCCCUGCCGUUCAUCGUCGAAACCCUUUCGUGCUCCCACGACCAGGCUGAAGAACAAUUGAUUCAGAGAAAUGGGGAUUUGAGAACGGCCAUCGCUCAUAUUAUUACCGGAGUGAUCGGUGCUGGCGUGCUGUCUCUACCAUGGAGUGUGGCUCAGUUGGGGUGGAUCGCCGGUCCUGUGCUGUUGGGGGUGGUUUUUCCCACGGUGACUUCAGUAUUGGCGUUUCUCUUGUGCGAUUGUUAUCGGUAUCCGGAUCCGGAAGUUGGACAUUUCAGAAUCAAAUCCUAUCCUCAAGCCGUGAAGUUGUAUUUAGGAGAAAAAUGGGAGCAAAUAUGUACGGUGAAUGUGAUGAUCAGCUUCUGGUUUACAGACGUUGCCUAUCUUAUAACCACAGCUAGCAGCAUUCGGGCAAUUGAGAAGCUAAUUUGUUACCAUAGAGAAGGGGAUGAAGCUUUCAAUUCAUGCACUGUACAAGAGGACAGUUCUUAUCAAACCAUAAUAUUUGGAGCUGUCCAAAUAAUGUUGUCCCAAAUUCCAGACAUGCACAACAUGGGAUGGCUGUCCAUUUUUGCCACAAUCAUGUCAUUUUCUUACUCAACCAUUGCCAUUGUUCUUGGGCUUUCUCAAGUUCUAGAGAAUGGUAGCAUCAAAGGCAACAUUUCAGGAAUCCCUGCUGCCAAUCUUACUGAAAAAUUAUUUAUAGCAUUUGAAGCUAUUGGAGAUAUUGCUUUUGCUUAUCCAUUUACACUUAUUCUUCUCAAUAUACAGGAUACAUUGAAGAGUCCACCACCAGAAAACCAAACAAUGAAGAAGGCUACAACAAUAGCCAUUUCAGUGACCACAUUGUUCUACUUGUGUUGUGCAUCCUUUGGAUAUGCAGCCUUUGGUGAUGCCACUCCUGGAAAUCUCUUGACUGAACCUGCCUUUUUUCACCACUUUUGGCUUCUUGCCUUUGCUAAUGCUUGUGUUGUUCUUCAUUUGUUGGGAGGAUAUCAGAUUUACAGCCAGCCAGUUUUCUCAAUUGUUGAGAGAUGGACAAGAAGGAAUUAUCCAAACAAUAAUGUCUUUAUGAACAGACAAUCAUCCAUCAAACUCCCAAUGUUGCCUGCCUUUAAACUACAUCCCUUCAGGCUGUGUUUCAGAACAGCCUUUGUUUUAUCAACCACUUAUUGUGCUGUGCUUUUCCCUUACUUCAACCAAGUUUUGGGGUUGAUUGGGGCUUUGAACUUUUGGCCUUUUGCCAUUUAUUUUCCUCUUGAAAUGUUCUUCAAGCAAAGGAAAAUUAGGGCUUGGACAAGGACAUGGAUUGCUUUUAGGGUUCUUAGUUUUGUUUGUUUUCUUGUCACUGUUAUGGGAUGUAUUGGCUCACUUGAAAGAAUCAUUAGUACUAAGUUUAGCUAAAGUAAUUGAGAAUAAGAGAAUACUUUUGUUUUUCUCUUUUUUUUU